AUGCAAGAACAUCAGCACAAAGACCCUGUCAUUGCUAGAGUGUCUUAUUAUGUUGGCAGGAAGCGCAGACCAUCAAGACAUGAAUGUGCCAAUGAAAACCAAUGCGUGUUGCGGAUUCUGAAGCAGUGGGACAAACUUUCAGUGCUUAAUGGAAUCCUGUACAGAGCCAUUAAAGACCCAAUCACCAAGCACAAGAAGUUCCAACUUGUUUUACCUAAAUUCUUAAAAUCUCAGGCACUUUCGGGUGUUCACGACCUGGCUGGUCAUCAAGGGCAGCCGCGCACUUUGUCUUUAGCCCGUCAGAGGUUUUUCUGGCUCAAUAUGGAGUGUGAUGUGCAGGAUUACGUGAGGAAAUGUCCCAGAUGUGUCCUCAGCAAAACUCUGGAACUUGCAGCAAGAGCCACUUUGGAGAGUAUUAAAACCACAGCCACGUUGGAGCUUGUAUGUAUCGACUUCUGGUCUGCUGAGGAUUGGACCAACAAAUCUUUGGAUGUUUUGGUGAACACAGGAUUUUUUCUCCUCCUUCGUUUCGCUCUCUCUCUCCCUCUCACUAGCUCUCACUCUUUCUCUCCAUCUAUCCACGAUUCCUCUCCUGUAUUGGCCUUCGAUGAUCAAGUUCGACAGAGGCACCUGUAUGCAGGCAGCAAACACCACAGCCUGUUUGUUGAGAUUUUAUCUAAUGGCACAGUGUCAGCAACUCAGAGUCAGACACCUUACACCGUUUUAGAGCUAAAAGCUGUUAAACCGGGUUACACAGCGAUUCGGGGUGUGAUGUCAUCGCUGUACCUGUGUGUGAAUGCAGCCGGUCACUUAUUUGCUCUGGGUGUGUUUCUGGAUGCUGAGUGUUCCUUUAGUGAGAUGUUACAGCCUGAUGGUUACACUCACUUCCUGUCUGCUCAGCACAGACUUCCUGUGUUCCUCAGUUUUAAUGGUCCUGGGAAACACACACUCACCUUCUCUCAGUUUCUACCACUUAGAACUCAUCAUCUGUUUAUAGAGAACCUGCAAUAUGAAGAACCAUCAAGUCUUCUAAAAGCCACAGAUUUUGAUUCAGAUGAUCCACUAGGAUUGACAAACACGCAUCAGGACCUGAGAAGUCCAUUGUUCCACAUCGACCAAUAA